AGUGAGUCCUGUAGCCCUUUAGGAUGAACAAUGAUCUGUGGAUAGUGGAGAGACAAAGGACAAUCAGACUGGAUUUUAUGGAUUAAAAACAUCAAGGACAUUUUUAGCUGUGAAGUUUGGCAAAUACAUAAUAUGAAGAUCAGAGUGGUGCAGAUAUGGGGCUUCCUCAUGACAGUUCUUGGGUGGAUUUUUGUGGCCUGCACCAUGGCGAUGGAGGGCUGGAAAAUCACUUCUAUUGGAGGCAUGGCUGGAUCAUCCAUUAUCAAAGUGGCUUGGUACUGGUCUAGUCUGUGGAGGUCUUGUUUUACAGACUCCACUGCUGUCAGCAACUGCUAUGACUUCCCAGUGUUGUGGUCAGUGGAGGGACACAUCCAAAUAGUGCGUGGGUUGCUAAUGGCUGCCCUUUCUUUGGGCAUGCUUGGCUUUGUGCUUAGUAUGUUGGGAAUGGAGUGCACAUAUCUUGGAGGCCAGGAUCUUUCUAAAUACAAGAAGGUCUACGCUGGAGGAUGGUGUCAUAUUAUAAGUGGUGUGCUGUCUACAAGUGGAUACGCUGUUUAUGCUCAAUAUGUCUCCGUGGAAUACUUUAACCCUGACUUCCAAGACCUCAAAUAUGACCUUGGUACGCCACUGUUCUUGGGCUGGGUUGGUUCUGCCUUCCAUAUGGCCGGUGGUUUCUUCUACCUGUGGUCUGUGUGCAAGCCCCUGUGUGGAGGAGGAGAGCCAGUGGUGGUAGCUGUCAGAGGUUUACCAGACGUGGAGAAAAACACCACAACCAACUUAAACAAGUCUACCACAGUGUUAUCCACCCAGUCGGACCUCACCUCCCAGUCCAAACUUUCCUCCAUUUCUGAGCUUUCAUCCAAACAGUCAGAUGUAUCGGAAAUCUCCUCCAGGUCGGCUCGCACCUCCAAAACAGGACGGACAUCCAGAACAUCCAGGACUCCCAGAAGCCCCAGGGCAGCAGGCUCCCGGGCUUCCACCUCCAGAUUAGGCUCAGAGUCAGGGAGGUCUUCCAGGUCCAGUUUAUCCACCAUCUCAGGGUCUAGCAGGAGCAGUAGGAGCAGUAGGAGCAGUAGGAGCAGUGGGAGCAGUGGGAGCAGUGGGAGCAGUGGGAGCAGCCGGACAGUGUCUACAAUAUCGGGAAUUUCCAAGAGUGAAUCAGCGCAGUUUGUAAAGAAUUCCUACAUAUAAAUUUUUUUUU